AAAUCACAUUUCCACCGAGGAAGAGAAGCAAAUCACCAGAAAGCGAAGCAAACCGGCGGGAUGGCGGGCAAAGCUAGGGUGUUCAUGUGCGUGGCUCUCGUCGUCCUCCUGCUCCUUGUCGAGACCACCGCUCCGAGGGGACAAGCUGACGCCGUCGAUUGCGGCGGCGCGUGCUCGUACCGGUGCAGCAAGUCGAGCCGGCCGAAUCUGUGCGGGAGGGCGUGCAACACGUGCUGCCGGCGCUGCGGCUGCGUGCCGCCCGGCACCGCCGGCAACGAGGACGUCUGCCCCUGCUACGCCCACAUGACCACGCACGACGGCCGCCACAAGUGCCCGUGAUCUCAUCCCACGGCCGACCGAGGCUAAUACGUACUCGAUCAUGGCGCAUAUCGCAUCUACGAUCAAAGGCAACUAGAUCGACUACCAGAGGCACGAUCCAUACGAUAUCCUGUACUCAAGCUGGCGCUGCUACAUAUGUACACCUUGUGCUCGUACAUUCGUGAUCGAUCGGUCGUAUUUUUUUCUUCUGAAACUCGAUUAAUCAUAUUCGAAUGAAUGAAUCUCUAUUCCUAAUUGAGUUGGUAGAUGGGAUUUUU